AUGCCGAAGAUCGCGAACGUCGAGCACUUCCGGGUGAAGCCCCGCUGGUUGAUGGUCAAGAUCACCGACGAGAAUGGCGAGUUCGGCUGGGGCGAAGCGACCUUGGAAGGCCAUGAUCUGGCUGUCGAGGGAUGUCUAGAGGAGAUGAUUCCCAGACUGGUAGGCCGAGAAGCAAUGUGUGUGCUCCCCGUCGGCCUUGACCUUUUAUGUCUUGCUGACAUUGAUACCAGUGAGAUUGAGAAUAUCUGGCAGACGUUCUGGCGUCAUAGUUUCUACCGCGGGGGCCCUGUCUUCAUGAGUGCCCUGUCAGGCAUCGACAUCGCACUCUGGGAUCUGAAAGGCAAGAUCUUGAAGGUACCAAUCUACGAGCUGCUCGGCGGAAAGGUUCGGAAUGAGGUCCAGGUGUACUGCUGGAUCGGCGGUGACAGACCGGCAGACGUAGAGAAUGCAGCUAAGGCCCGCAUCGCACAAGGCCUCAAGUGCGUCAAGAUGAACGCGACAGAAGAUCUGAACUGGGUCGACUCGCCAUCUGUGCUAGACUCGACAAUCGAGAGACUGAAGAUCGUCAAGUCUCUCGGUCUCGACGUCGGUCUGGACUUCCACGGACGCCUGCACAAGGCCAUGGCCAAGCAGCUCGCCAAGGCCCUGGAGCCGCACCACCCCCUCUUCAUCGAGGAGCCUCUGCUCAGCGAGCACCCCGAGGCCAUCAAGCAGUUGACGAACCAGACCACAAUCCCUGUUGCUCUCGGUGAGCGGUUAUACACCCGCUGGGACGUCAAGCGCUUCCUCGAGGACGCUAGCGUGGAUAUCCUGCAGCCGGAUAUCGCACACGCCGGCGGUAUCAGCGAGACCAAGAGGAUCGCCAACAUGGCGGAGGCUUACGAUGUCGCGAUCGCGCCGCAUUGCCCCUUGGGGCCAGUGGCGUUUGCUGCGUGCAUGCACGUUGCGCUGAACUGCCCUAACUUCGCUAUCCUUGAGAUGAGUCUGGGGAUGCACUACAAUACCGAGGCUGGCGACAUCGACUUGUUGACGUACGUGAAGGACCCCACGGUGUUCGAUAUUGGCAAGGGCGGCUACGUGAAGGCACCGACUGGCUAUGGGCUUGGAAUCGAGAUCGAUGAGGAGCUGGUCAGAAAGAUCUCGAAGGAGACUGAGCCGUGGCAGUGUAAGGUGUUCCAUGGUCCGGAUGGUAGCAUUCGGGAGUGGUAG